GAUUGAUCAAACGUUUGUUUACAACUUGCAAAAUAAAAUGUCUCAAACAUCGCAAAUUGAACUUUCUGAGUGCUAACAUCUCAUUCUGAUAUCAUGACCUCCAAGGAUGUGCUCGUCGGUGUCAUCGGUGGUAGUGGGCUAUAUCACCUUGAUAACCUGUCUUUCGUGGAGAAGGUCAACCCAGAGACUCCUUGGGGAUACCCAUCUUCGCCCAUUACCAUUUGCUCGCUACCUUCAGGAUCAAAGAUUGCCUUCCUGGCUCGUCACGGGCAGCACCAUUCGAUUGCACCGUCAGCAGUCCCUUCUCGCGCUAACAUCGCAGCUUUGAAGUCAUUAGGCGUCCGGGUUAUUCUUGCAUUCAGUGCUGUUGGCUCGCUCCGCGAAGAGAUCACCCCGGGAUCUUUUGUCAUUCCUACCCAGAUAAUUGAUCGCACGAAGGGCAUACGCCCAGCCAGCUUCUUUGAGGGCACGAAGAUAGUCGCUCAUGCUGCAUUCGGUGAUCCAUAUAGCGUGAAGUUGAUCCGCUGGCUGGAGCUAAGAGUAGAGAAGGCUCUUGCAGACGAAGGCAGAGGAGUGGUUCUCCACAAGGACAAGUGCAUCGUUUGUAUGGAAGGUCCUCAGUUUUCCACCAGGGCGGAGAGCAUCAUGUAUCGAGCGUGGGGUGGGGAUCUUAUUAACAUGAGCGCUUUGCCCGAAGCCAAGUUAGCUCGGGAGGCGGAACUAAGCUACGCGCUAAUCGCAACUGCCACAGACUAUGAUUCAUGGCGUCCUCAUUCGGAGGCGGUCACUGCCGCGGAAGUGUUCAAAACCCUGCAGGAUAAUGCUAAUACAUCGAGGCAUGUUGCAGCAGCCGUUCUUGAAGACCUUCAUGCUGCCGCGUUGGAUGGGGACAUUCUGAGUGAAGAAAUGGGCGGCAUGCGUUUCUCUAUCAUGCCGAGAAGUGGCGAGCAGGACCAAGAAAGUAUCAAGAAGCUGGCCUUCAUACUACCCGACUACUUCACGCCAGGCGAUGUUGCUAACUAG